UAAAUUUUGUACAUAUAUGUUUUGGCUUCAAAUGUUUGUAAGCCAUGCAAACAUUGAUCUCAGUUUGUUCUAGCUUUUCAUGAUAUUGAUGUCAAAUCAUUUGAAUUAUUUUCCAUACACAUUGAUGCAGCGGUCAGCUCACUUGUUCAGCUAUGGUUGUGCAAAUUCUUCAAGAUUGUUAUUCUGAACUGUGCACAUGGAACAUUGACAUCACUGUUGAUAAAGACAUGGUGGCUGUGAGCUGUGGUGAUCUUAAAGAACAGGUGUUAACUCCAGAUGAAAAGAAGAAAACCUAUCAUUACACCCUUACUAUUCCAACCUCUGCUCCUAAUAUUGCUUUGGCUGUUGGACCAUUUGAGAUCCAUGUGGACCCUGUUAUGCCAGAAGUAACCCACUUUUGUCUUCCUGGUCUACGCCCAGUUCUGAAAAAUGCCACAGCAUUUCUCCAUGAGGCAUUUGAGUUCUAUGAAGAAUAUUUAAGCUGCCGUUAUCCAUACACUUACUACAAGCAGGUCUUUGUUGAUCAAGCCUACGAUAUCCUGUCACCGUAUGCAUCCUUGACAAUAUUUAAUACUAGUCUUCUACACUCUUCAAGAGUUAUUGACCAGGGAUUUGAAACUAGGAAGUAUUUAUCGCAGGCAUUAGCUGAGCAGUUCUUUGGAUGUUAUCUGUGCAUACAAACAUGGUCAGAUUUUUGGCUUUCAAGAGGCAUAUCUGGGUACUUGUUUGGUUUAUUUAUGAAAAAGAUGUUUGGUAAAAACGAGUACAGACAUUGGAUAAGAGAGGAAUCAAAACAAGUUUGCCAGUAUGAAAUGCAGGGCCCAGGAUUACCUCCUCUUCACAGUGCAGGGACAUUAUCAUCAUCCAGUGUACAAGGCUCCUGUUCAGGUCAAACACCAGAGUCCCUAGGUGUAGGGUCCCCUCAUAUGCACCCUCAUCUGACCUCAGGGAAGAACCUGGAGAUUGUGUGGAGCAAGUCACAUCUUGUUAUGAGAAUGAUUGAGAUGCGAAUUGGACAGGAGCCACUGCUGCAGGUCUUCAACAAGCUGUUGUCACUUGCAAACAGUGCAGCACAGCCCAGGGCAGACUAUAGGCUUUGGUCAAACCUUCUACUCUCCACCAGUGGGUUCCUCAAGUCAAUAUCCACAGUUUCUGGAAAAGAUAUCAAUGUUUUUGUGGACCAGUGGAUCUGUCACAGUGGAGUUGCUAAAUUCCAUGGAAGCUUUGUAUUCAACAGAAAACGUAAUAUUGUAGAACUUCAAAUCAAGCAGGAUAUGUCCAGAGGGACAGUGAAAUAUUUGGGACCUCUAACUGUGUGCAUUCAGGAACUGGAUGGAUCAUUCAAUCACACUGUCCAGAUAGAAGAUGUUUUUAGCCGCCAUGAAAUACCUUGUCAUUCAAAGAGUCGCAGAAACAAGAAAAAGAAGAUUCCAUUGAUUACAGGGGAGGAGGUGGACAUGAAUCUGGAUGCCAUGGACUCUGAUUCACCUGUGCUGUGGGUUCGCAUUGAUCCAGAGGUUAGUUGGCUGCGGUAUGUUUCAUUUGAACAGCCUGACUACAUGUGGCAAUAUCAACUGCGGCAUGAGAGAGAUGUCAUUGCUCAGAGUGAGGCAAUUAAGGCUUUGGAGCAGUUUUCAACUCAAGCAACAAGGCAAACUCUAAUAGAUAUGAUAAACCAAAAUGAAUGCUUUUAUAAAGUCAGACUUGAAGCUUGCUUUUGUCUUGCUAAGGUUGCAACCGCUUGUGCUUCAAGUUGGCCUGGUCACACAACCAUGAUCGGAAUUUUCCGAGACAUGUUUGGUUCACAAUCAUGCCCUCACAUUGUGAAAUACAAUGACUUCUCAAAUUUCAUCACUUACUUCAUACAAAAGGCUCUGCCAGUGGCUACUGCGUCUGUGAGAAAUACUCAUUCCCAGUGUCCACGGGAUGUUUUACAGUUUAUACUGGAUUUGAUUAAAUACAAUGACAAUAGACUGAACAAGUACACAGAUAGCCAUUAUCGGAGUGCCCUUAUUGAUGCACUGGCUGCCACCGUCACCCCUGGUGUUUCCAUAGUUACCACAAAUAGUGAUGGCAGCACAGUGGUCAAGUUAACAGAAGAAACACAACUUAUCCUAGGAGAGGUGACUCGCCAGCUGAAUUUAGAAAAGUUACUUCCAACUUACAUAUACGUUGUGUCUGUCAGCUGUUUAAAGGCGCUAAGAGUUCUUCAAGUCAAUGGUCAAAUCCCCUCUGACCCUGCUGCAUUUGAAUAUUAUGCCAGCCAUGGUCAUUUUGAGGAUGUUCGACUGGCAGCUAUCGAGUGCCUCGUGGAUCUAUCCAAAUCUGAGAGCCUUGAAAGGGGAAUGAACUAUUUGAUUGGACUAAUUGAAAGAGAUCCAGUGCCAUUUAUCAGACACUACACUCUUUGUUCACUCACAAAGAAUCCACCAUUUUCGCGCAAAUCUGAAUCGUCUCUGAAUAAUCUGGAUCUUGUGGAGUCUUUGUGGCGGUUAAUUAAUUCCAGUUCCUCAGUUGAUGCUCGACUCAGACGAGAUGGAGUGGAACUGUAUAAUGCAUUGUGGGGCCGGCUGACACCUGGCUGUGUUCCUCCCCAGGGGAUGGGCAUCGUGAUAGAUUUGAAAGAAAGGAAGAUAAUGAGCCUGUCUCCUCUUCCACCUCCAGUUUCCCCGGGAUCUGUCAGCGGCGAAGAAUCGACAACAUCAAAGAAAGGUCAGAAGAGAAAAGCUUCCAGAGCAGCGUCACCUGCAGAUUUAAGUCAUCUCGAUUCCCAGCCUGGUACACCUGUGAGUGUUGAGUCUGCUAAUUCUGAGGCCAGCAAACUUCGUUUGAAGAUUAAGAUUGGAGGAGAAGAAAGCGGCACUGAAAGUGGAGGAGAGACUCGAGUAAAACCAGCCCCUGAGCCUGGUGCCCCAACUCACAAGAAACACAAGAAGAAGAAAAAGAAGCACAAAAUUAAAGACGAGCGAGAGAAAAGGAAACUGAGCACGAGUAGCAGUAACUACGACUCGCCACUGAUGUUCGACGCCAGUCUCCCUUGAGCUUAAGUCUGGAACGAAGCGCGGAUUAAGUGACCAAUUAGGAGGAGUAACUGAAAACUUACAGUAGANUGUCUCCAGUAACUAGCUGUGGGUGCAGAAAAAUGAUCAAGUCGCCAUUGGUUUUGUUGUUGUUUUUUUUUCUGAUUUGUCUUGAAGGUUGAGGGGAAACCCAUACUCGUACUUUCAACAUUCGAUAAGAAAUUGUUAUACUAUGAAUAGAUAACAGUUGUAAACUACCGGUAAGUCUUUCACCUUUAUUGCUGAUUGACUUUUUUAAGCUUCCCAAUACUCCUGGUUACAAUAACGUUGUCAUAGAACAAAGGAACACGUCGAUAAAAUAGCAUACCUAACUUUGGAUGUUUCCGUAUUUUAAUCACCAAGAUAGCUUUUGGAAUCUGUUGAAAUUUCUAUACAAACAUCUGAUACUCUAAAGACGUUUGAUGGAACCUUUCAGUGGCAAUUUUGAGGACAUUUUUCCGGCUGCCGGGCAUACAGCUACCGCCUUUUCCCUUUUUUUUUCUAAUAGAGCGUCAUUGCAGUUAAAUGUAACGUAACAUGUGUCCAAGAGCGAGUGACCUACCUUUUUUAUGUACAGUCAAUACAUCUUUAUAACUUUGUAAUCGGUGGUUAGAGUGAGUUACACUACAACAAGAACCUGUUAUAUUUUGUAAAUAUAAAUAAAAAAAUUAUUGAAUACAUAGAAA